AUGGGUCCGGAGACGCUCCGUCCUGGCCGUGGUUCCGCGGGCGCUUUCUUCGGGCAUGGCUUUCCCCUCUGCGACGUUUUUGCCCUCGAUAUCCCGUUCUCCGCUUCUCCGCUUACGGUAGCUCUGUACAUGACGUUUCUUCUCCGCACUGCCAAGUCGCCUAGCCCAGUUCUUUCGUGCUCCGGUGCCAUUUUCUUCCAUCAUUCGCUAGCGGGUCUCCCUUCCCCCACUCAGCAUCCCAUGGUCGCGAUGGCUCGUCAGAUUGCUCGGCGGACGCUUACGAAGGGCAAGAAUCAGAAGAAACCUCUGCUGGCGUCACACGUCUUCCGCUUGUUCGACAUUUGGUAUCUGUCCCCGAGCGCCGAUCAUCUUUCUUCUGCGAUGAAGCUGGCUGCCAUCUCCCUGUGCUACACGGGUUUCUUUCGCUUCUCCGAUCUGAUGACUGUUUAG